AUGCAGAGGGGCCCAAGGAUCUCCGUGGAUAACUCUUCAACAGAGGAAUCUAAUGGAAGGAGCAGUGGCUGUAACAAUGACAGUUCCGAAGCUGAAACCCAGCAACUUUUAGAGAGGAGACUCAACGGGGCUUACAAUCUCCUUGCCCUUCCCCCUCACAACAAACACCCUGUGAGCUGCAGAAACAGCCACCCACUCUCCAAUCGAAGACGAAGAAAUGCACAACUACGUAAGAGAAACAUCCUCCAAAUCUUCUUAAAUGCGGUGUACCUAAUCCUAAUUCUUCCGGUUUGCUUAGUGAAAAAAGCCUGCAACUUCUCAUCAAGAGAAAGCUGGUCUCAGAGAAUUGUAUCUUGCACCAUCCUGUUCCUGUUGAUUUUCGGUGCUGGUUACCUGGGACUGUUUGACGGCAGCACUCUUCAGAUUUUUGGGGAUGGCUGGAAAGACUUCUCCAUUUGUGACUGCAUCGAGGGUGAAAGAAAGGAUUUAAGGUCGCUAAUAAAAGCCCAUCACAUUUUGCAAAGAAGGGCACUGGUCCUCACUGCUCUAAAGGAGGAGACGGCGAAACUACAAUCUCAGCUGCAUUUUCUGAGCUCGAAUAUGGACCACAUUGUUCGUGAGGCAGUCAGGGAAGUUCUAGCAAACUACACCAGCAAAGGCAUUACAACGUGGACUGUUCAAAAGAUGCUCACAGAAAUGAUGGACAAGCUGGAUGAGCACGAGGUUCAAAUGCCCGAUUAUGCCCUCGCAUCGGCAGGUGCCAGCAUUGUUCAUUGCAGGACCACCAGGAGCUACCGCCACGAGGGAGGAAAUUACUACUGGAUGUCUUUCCCCAUACUUCCAUUUGUGCGACCUCCAGAAGUUAUGCUUCAGCCAAACCGUUCACCUGGGAUGUGCUGGUCCUUCCCUACCAAUCGAGGGGAAGCCGUAAUCAAGUUAGUCAGAAGAAUUUUCCCAACAAUGGUCACGUUAGAACACAUAAGUAAGAAAGUCUCCCCCACUGGAAAAACUGACAGUGCACCGAAAGAUUUUGUUAUUUAUGGAUUAAAAGAAGAAAACGAGGAAGAUGGACUUUUCUUGGGGGAUUUUGUUUACAAUGCUGAAGGAGACGUAGUCCAGACUUUCAAACUGCAGGGAAACACCUCUGAUUAA